UCCUCAUUUUUAUUCCCAUUUAAAUUUGUCCAUUUAGAUGGAUUAGGAGGAAAACCUAACGUAGCUCUGUUGUCCACAACUAGAGGGCGAAAACGUUCUAUAUCACGUAUCACGUAAUACAUGGGUACAGGUAUAUAUAAACUUGGAAAUCUAUUUACUAGUGAUGUGUCGAAAUGUAAAAUAGGACCAUCCAUUUUAAAUUCUGAUCUCUCUAAUUUAACAUUGGAAUGUAAAAGAAUUAUGAAUGACGGUGCUGAUUACAUUCAUUUAGAUGUUAUGGAUGGGCAUUUUGUCCCUAAUAUAACAUUUGGGCAUCCUAUAGUCAAGUGUUUACGUCAGAACUUACCACAAACCCCAUUUGAUAUGCAUAUGAUGGUUUCUAAACCUGAAAAAUGGAUAAAUAAUAUGGCUGAUGCAGGGGCACAAUUAUAUACAUUUCAUUAUGAAGCAACUUCUGAUCCCAUAAAAUGUAUAAGGAAAAUCAGAGAAAGUGGCAUGAAAGUUGGAAUUGGCAUUAAACCUAAAACUCAAAUUGAUGUGUUGUUACCAUAUGUUGAUCUAGUAGAUAUGGUAUUAGUUAUGACUGUUGAACCAGGAUUUGGUGGGCAAAAAUUUAUGCCAGAUAUGAUGUCUAAGGUCGAACGAUUGAGAAGUGAAUUCACCAAGAUAUCCAUUGAAGUCGACGGAGGCAUAGGAUUGGAAAAUAUAGAUAUGUGUACAAAGGCCGGAGCCAAUAUGAUUGUAUCCGGUACUGCCAUUAUGAAAGCUACUGAUCCACAAGAAACUAUAUCAAAAAUGCGAGCUAUCGCGGACAAGCCGCCGCACUUUCAAAAUAAUUUUCAACCAAUAAAAUUGAUUUACUCUCAUAUUCUUUUAACCAAAUUUGAAAUGUUAAUAUUAUAAUCAUGCUUAUUUUUUAAAAUGUUGCGCUCGAUUUAUAUUGUAUUACAAUGUCCUCAUAAUCAUUUAAUUUUGAUUUGUUUAUUAUCCAUACUAGAAGAAUUAUUUAAAUAAUGUUAUGAAUCCAAUUUUAAGUUUUAGUCGCGGUUAUUAUAAAUGAUAUUAUUAUUUGUAUUAACUAAACUAAUACAAUGAAGGAAAUAUUAGGACUUUGGCUCAUUUGGAGGGAUCUAAUUUAAAAAUUAUUAUUUAUACCUCGUAAAAUAGAUCAUCUUGGAAUUCAGAGUUUGAAGACAAAGCAUUUGGAUUAUCCUGACUUUUAUAAUACAUUAAUUAAUCAAUUUUUUUAUAUGGGCCACUUCCAAACACGACGUUUUUUCAAAACGUUUUCCGAGGCACGUUUUUCGCAAUAUUUUUUACUUCCAAACAGCAACGAUUUAUAUUUUA